AUGCCGCAAGAGGCGCGUGCAUCCCGCUUGCUCCACCGCAUUCAGGGCACCUCUCGCUCGCGCCGGCGCGAACACGUGUUUAUUUGUAUGUUUUAUCCUUCGGCGGCUUUAAACCCAACCCACCCCGACCGCAAAGUGCGCUACGCCGCCCGCCGCGCCCGCGCCGUUGCCGCCUCUCUCGCCACUGCCGCGGAGUCGCACCGACUCGCCCGCGAAACUUUGUCCGAAGUCGACGAGCGCGGACGUAAAUCCUUCACUCUCACGAUAACCAUAUCAACGACACCGCCCCAAGUCACCACCUACAACAAGGCUAUCAAAGUCACCGUGGAUGGACCCAGAGAACCUCGUUCAAAAACCAUGUUGUCUCUCCUAGGGCAGCAGCAGCAGUUCCACUUCGCGUUCGGCCAGAGACCCUUCCCCUUUCCACCAGACCCACUUGGUGGCUUUCGGAUGCCGCCCAUCACUACGUGUCAAAAUAUGAGUCAAUUCGGAUUAAGUUCGAGUAACUCCCACUGGGGCUACGGCGGCGCGGGCGCGUACCCCGCCUACUUGCCUUCCUGCGCAGCGCCAGCAGCCACACAGUUCAACCCACCAGCCCUGGGCUUCGCUGGCACAGUACCUGAUCAGACUGCGACACAAGACUUCACUAAUAAUACGGUACUCCCGGAUACAACGGGCGUGGAUCUCGACCAGCAACUGUCAGGCCUGGUGAGCUCCUCACCCUCGCACCACGGAAGCCUCCUACCAAGAUACAACAACAACACCGAUUACAGCCUCUCAACCGGCCCCAGAUCGUUAAGCGACAACAGCUCGCAACCCGAAUCACCCAUACAGGACGAUUUGCUAACUUCCAACACGACAAACAUCGGGCAUAACACGAAUAGCACCAACUUUUCCCUAAUGGGCUCUCAAAACUCCACCUACGGAAGCACUAACUGCAACAAUUCCCUGUACCCGGUGCUUCCCGCGAGUCUCUUGUACAGUCAAUUGUAUACAGCCGCGAAUCAAACCCACAACUUUCACCCAUUACAUUCGAAUACAAUACAUUCGACGCAGAACCAUCACAAUGAAUUGCAGACUAUGAUGGAUCAAAUAUCGUCGACGACAAAUAACCAUAGACAACAUAAUAGCCAUGGACAAGGAGAUUUAUUGCUAGGAGGGGGGAAUUCUUGCGCUGCAGCCGCUGCGAGAGGCGAAGACGGCAGAGUUAACAAUAUAGGACAGCGGGGGAAUCCUCAACCCGACAGCAACACUGUUUGGCGACCUUAUUAA